GCAAAUCUAGUUGCUCGUCUGCACCGCAGCUGAACCUUUUAGGUCCGGGGGCGUUUCCUGCGCGGGUAGCCGAGAGGCAUCCCUGACGUCUUAAUUCAGUGGGAUUCCCUUCUUCGGCCGGGCAAUGGAGGGGGCAGGACCCGCGAAAACGCCCCUCGUGAGUUGCCCCGUUUGCUCUCGCCAGCUCCCCGCCCCGGCCAUUAACUUGCACCUGGACAGAUGCUUGCAGGGGAAAGGGGGAGAGGAGCAGCGCCCAGAGGCGGGUGGGGAGGGCAGCAGCUGCCCCCCAGCUCUGCAGCAGCCCUGCAAGAAGAAGAUGCGCCUUUCCAGCUCCCCGGAGCGCAACAGCCGAGAAGAGGAGCCGGGCGACAGCCGCAGCCCCCCGCCCGUGUUUUCCCUUUUCCAAAAGGGGAGAAGCUCCGGAGCGAGGACGCCUGGAAGGGGCGCUGCUGCUGCUGCUGCUGCUGCGUCUCCAACCCGGGGCCCGGAGAAGCUGCUGGAGCGAGAGAGUCCUCCCGCCCUUGGCGCUGAUGCUUCGGUUCCUGAACUGAGCGGGAAGGAUCUGGCCCAAAAGCUGGAAGGGAAGCCCCUGGCGGACAAGCUGCGGCCGGACACUUUGGAGGACUACAUGGGGCAGAACCGGGUGGUGGGAGAGCAGACUCUCUUGCGCUCCCUGCUGGAAGCCCAUGAGAUCCCCUCCCUCAUCCUAUGGGGGCCGCCGGGCUGCGGCAAGACUACCCUGGCACAUAUCAUAGCAAAAGGCAGCAAGAAGAAAGGCACAAGGUUUGUGACACUCUCAGCAACUAGUGCGAAAACCAACGAUGUCCGUGAAGUCAUCUCCCAAGCCCAAAAUGAAAAGAGACUCUUCAAGAGGAAAACCAUCCUUUUCAUUGACGAAAUACACCGUUUCAACAAGUCUCAGCAGGACACUUUCCUUCCUCACGUCGAGUGUGGGACGGUGACCUUGAUUGGAGCAACCACCGAAAAUCCUUCGUUCCAGGUCAAUUCUGCCCUUCUCAGCCGGUGCCGCGUUAUAGUUCUUGAGAAGCUGUCCGUGGAAGCGAUGGAAGCGAUUCUGAUGAGAGCUCUCAAGUCCUUGGGGAUUCAGAUUUUAAACCCAGAUGAGCAGUGCGCUGGCUCAGAGAAUGGCAGCGACAGCGAGAUCUCGGCGUGAGUAUGUUUCACGCACGGCACUGUGCUAAAGAAUCCUUUGACAGCCUGCCAGAACAGAAGUGAGCAAAAGGUUGUGCCGCAGUCAUUGGGUAGGGGGGAUUUUUUAAAACUUAGUAAACAGACCCCC